CGGCGCUUUACGGCAGCGGCCGCGGCGUUUGCGGCGCUCCGGCGCGGGGUUCGGGGCGGACAUGGCCAGCACGAUGGUGGCGGUCGGCCUGGCCAUAGCGGCAGCUGGAUUCGCAGGUCGUUAUGCGGUAAAAGCUUUGAAGCAAAUGGAGCCACAGGUAAAACAAGCUCUUCAAAACCUACCAAAAUCAGCCUUCAGUGGGUAUUACAGAGGUGGAUUUGAACCCAAAAUGACUAAACGAGAAGCAGCUUUAAUACUAGGCGURAGCCCUACAGCCAAUAGAAAUAARAUUAGAGAAGCUCAUAGACGGAUUAUGCUUCUGAAUCAUCCAGAUAAAGGUGGGUCUCCAUAUGUAGCAGCAAAAAUCAAUGAAGCUAAGGAUCUACUGGAAGACCAAGCUAAGAAAUGAAUGAGAAAGAAAAUCUCUCAUUCAGAGGGUUUGUAACUGCAAAUGAUUAUUUUUGAUAAAUGGCUUAAGAAAAGUU